AUGCAAACGAUCAAAAACACACUCGCCGAAAACUUUGGCGGCGAAGCAGUCGCGAAACUGGGCUCAGUCCAGUUCAGACUGGACGACACCCCGGACCUCUCGGGCAAGGUCGCCGUCGUGACGGGAGGCAGCGAAGGCAUCGGCUUCGGCGUGGUGUACACGCUGCUGAAGCACAACAUUGCCAAGGCGUACAUCCUCUCUGUCUCCCAGGAGGUCGUCGAGGGCGCCAAGGACGCCAUCGCGAAGGAGCUUGGCCAGGACAAGGCGGAUUGCACCGUCUGGAUGCAGGCCGACCUCAGCGACUGGCCGCGCGUCAAGGAGGUGGCCGAGACGGUCAAGCGCGACAGCGACCGGCUCGACAUACUCGUCAACAAUGCCGGCCGCGGCAUCAUGACGCAUCAGCUGACCGACUAUGGAGUCGACCGGCACAUGGCCGUCAACCACUUUGGCCACGUCAUCCUCACCAGCUACCUCCUGCCGCUGAUGAAGAAGACGGAAGCGCAGGGCAACACGGUGCGCAUCAGCAACCAGGCCAGCAACCUCCACCACGGGGCGCCCAGCGACACCACGUUUGCGAGCCUGGACGACAUCAACCGAGACGUGGGGCCCAAUGGCGAGUACGGGCGGAGCAAGCUAGCCGUCAUGCUGUACACGCGGUGGUUUGAUCGCAAGGUGACGAGGAACGGACACCCGAACAUCGUCAUGAACGCCACACAUCCGGGGUUUGUUAGCUCCAAGCAGAGCCGGACGGACAUCUUCGAAGCGUUUCCACUCGGGGGUUUCGCCAUGUCCUAUCUCGUGGAGCCUUUCAAGAAGGACCAAUUCGAGGGCGCAGUGCCCACCGUGUUCGCGGCGACGGUGGCGGACAAGGGGGGUCAGUAUCUGUGCGCGCCCGCCAUCCCGGAGCCGGGAAGUGAGAUGUCGCAGAGCGAGGAACUGGCCGACCGGUUGAUGGAGCUCACGAGCAGCGUUAUCAAAGAGAAGAUGCGGGGCGAGCACGCUGGGUUGUUUGACGAUCUUGCGCUGUGCUGA